AUGUAUGAAAACCUCAAGUCUGGUAGGGAUGACAAAGUAGCGUUCGAAAACCUAUGGAUGCUUUUCGACGCCGGAACCACCAUCUAUUGCCCCUACAGAAACGGAACAGAAAUCUUCCACACCUACGAGGCGCUUAGCGAGCGAACAUGUACCACAGAACCAUCCCUUGACAUGACCUACACCCGUGCCAGGUCCUCGCCCCAGGCGUACUGCGUUCUUGCUACGAGGGGCGGCGUUCCUUUGAGGAAAUCGCUUAUGCCAGGCGGCAUCGAGGAAGACGAUGAGGAGAAUGAUUUCUUGCAAAGCAUAGACGUCUUGCUUCGAUUGGAGCAACUGGAGCUCCUCCGACAGGGAGAAUCUGGAGGGAAUCGCAAAGAUGCGGCGCAGCCGGCUCUGGGACGGCAUGGACUUGGUGGUGCGCCAACCAGACGGACCAAAAAUGCCAUGUCGGGAUUGAUUAUCGCCUGUUUCAGCAUCGAGUAUGACGGCUACCGAUACGGUCCCCAGAGGGAGCUAUUCGAGAUCAAGCCUUACGACGGGUUGAAGGAUGUACGAAGCAUGGAAAUCUUUCCGGUGCAGUACUUGGGUGAUGCAGAGAUGGGCCGUCUCCUUCAAAGAGGCAGAAAGUUUGUCGACCUCGCAAACAACGCCCACAUGUCUUAUGAAGGCACCACCGCCGGCAACGCCCGCGAGACGAUUAAUUCCGAUGUUAUCGUCGACUUCAAAAUCGCGUUUGAACGGAAUACCGACCUUCCUGACGUUUCCGAAAUCAAACCCUUCAUUUCGAAAGAAAUCAAAGACCAUUGGCCAGUAAUUCCCAGCAGAGAGCAGUUGGAAGUCCAUGAUUGGUAUGAGCAUGAAGAUGUUGGAGCCGAAGAGCUUGACGACCACCGUUGGUGCUACGCAAUGUCUUGUCAAAAGCCAACGUAUUACGCCCAUCAGGACGCACAAGGUCAAAAGGUUCUACGAAAGCUCUGGCUGUUAUUCGACAGCCAUGCGUCACCAAGCGCGCAGACAAGGAGGGCCCGGGAAGAGCUCAAAUUAUAUCUUGAGGAAAACAACCUCAUGGGACUUUUCCCCGGAGUCGUUCCCGGAUACGCCCUGCGAAACCGCAAAUGGGUUCAACUGGACUUGGAUCGACUUCAGGUCGUUCACCACGACGACGAAUGGAACAAUCUCGUUUUGCCGAAGGGCCACAGAGAGAUGGUGCAGGCCAUGGUUGAGUCGUACACCAAAAGGUCAGACGAGUCUCAGCCGACACACGAUGAAGUUCCUGACAAGAUUGACUUGGAUCUUGUUCGAGGAAAAGAGAUGAGUGUUGCUGCGAGUGCUGAUCAUCGGAUUAUGAAGGCAAAGGAUGCAUCAUUUUGCUCCACGGUGCUCCUGGGGUCGGAAAGACUUCCACUGCUGGUGCGAACUCCAUCCUCAUCCCCAGAAUGCGUAGCGGCAUACACCAAACGGCCCUUGUACCCGAUUACAUGUGGUGACAUUGGACACCUUCCGGAGGUUGUUGAAGCAAAUUUGGAGAAGCACUUCAAAUUAGCCCACAAGUGGGCUUGUGUUUUGCUUCUAGACGAAGCAGAUGUGUUUCUUGCGAAGCGAACUAAAACCGAUGUGAAACGGAAUGGACUCGUGUCGGUUUUCCUUCGCAUUCUGGAAUAUUACCCGGGCAUCCUAUUCCUGACAACAAACCGGGUUGGCGCCAUCGAUGACGCAUUCCGCUCGCGACUUCAUCUCACGCUGUACUAUCCAAAGCUCGUGGAGAAGCAAAGCAUCAAGAUCUGGAAGAACAACAUCAAGAAGCUGAAAGAGGUCAACGAGCAUCGGGUCAGCAGAGGCCAGCUGCCCAUCAAGUACGACAAGAAUGAGAUCAUCAAGUGGGUCGAGCUCAACUGGGAGAACCUCCAAUGGAACGGACGUCAAAUCAGGAACGCAUUCCAGACCGCGAUUGCGUUGGCGGAAUUCAAGGCCCAGUCCCGGAAGUCCAGCAAGCGAACAAGCCAGGACCCUCCGUCACCAGAUCCCAAGAGCUCCAAGCCACCUGUUUUGAACCAGGACACCUUCCUCUUGAUUGCAGAGGCCUCUAACCAGUUCAAUGACUACCUCCUACAGACGCACGGUCAGGAUGAGGAGGCGACCGCUUCCAGGGACCAGAUGAGGCCGGCCAACUUCAAGAUGAAGCCGACGAGAAUCAAGAGGGUGGAAUCUUCCGAGUCGGACACGAACAGCGAUUCGAGCGGCCAUUCAGACUCUGGUUCUGAGUCGGACGAGAGUGACGAUGCUGGGCCCUCUGAUUCCGACUCAGGAACGGAAAAGAAGGCUAAAAAAGCCAAGAAGGCGAAGAAAGGAAAGAAGGCGAAAGCAAAGAAGAGCAAGGACAAAGCCGAGAAGGUCAAGAAGGACGAGGAAUCUUUGGGAGAGGGAGAGAAGAAGAAGAAAAAGAAGAAAAAGUCAGAGGAGUGA